AUGUCCAUUUCAAACUCCACCGAUUUCAGAGUCCAGGAAUUCAUUAUCUUUGGUUUUCCAGGAUUCCAGGAAAGAGAAAACAAGAACAUACUUUUUGCUAUUUUCCUUACUGCUUACUUACUGAUUUUACUUGGAAAUCUUCUAAUCCUCAUCAUAUUUGCAUUUGACGAAGGUCUUCACAUCCCCAUGUAUGUUCUAAUUUCAAGUCUUGCUGUUGUUGACAUUGCCAUCUCCUCUACAACUGUUCCAAAAAUGUUAGAUGUCCUCAGUUUUGACAACUCCUUCAUUUCCUUUGGGGGAUGCCUUACACAAAUGGGCUUCUAUUUGGCCCUUGUCACGACGGAAUCCUUUCUACUUGCAGUCAUGGCCUAUGACAGGUACUUAGCCAUAUGCAAUCCCCUGCAUUAUGCUUCUCUGAUGAACAACAGCCUCGUUCUGAAGCAAAUUGCUUGCUGUUGGACAUUAGGAAUAAUUGUUGGCCUGAUCCUGGUUGGGUUAGCCCUACGACUGCCAUUCUGUGGUCCUAAUAAAGUGAUUCAUUGUUUCUGUGAUCAUUCAUCUGUGGUGAGACUGGCCUGUGCGGACAUUGUGAUCAACAACUACAUGGGGUUAACUUUAGCAAUGACUGUAUUGUUUAUUCCCCUCACCUACAUCCUGUUUUCCUAUAUAAAGAUAAUUACAUCAGUGCUGAAAAUAAAAAGUGCUGAGGGUCGCCUGAAAGCCUUUUCCACGUGCGGGACGCACCUACUGAUCAUCAGUGUUUUUUUUCUCGCUGCUGCAUUUGUCUACAUCUCCUACAGAAUCCCUGGCACCUCUGCAGAUGUGCGCAUCAUGGCCGCAGUGCUCCAGAAUGUGACACCUCCUUUAAUGAAUCCCAUCAUUUACUGUCUAAGGAAUAAAGAGAUUAGGGGGAGCCUCGUGAAGACCUUCAGGAGGAGUCGAAUAUUGCCAAACACCAGGAGCUUCACUUUCUAG